AUGACCAGCACAUUCGAUGGGUUUGUACCCAUACACACUGUGUUCUAUACGCUUUUUCAUCCAACAGAGGGGUCGAAGGUACGGUUUCAGUUCCCUCCUAACAGUUUAGAGAAUGGAAAGAUCGAUUUUGAUACUAUAAAGAACUACAUCAUUCCGAAGCCGCAGCUCUGUAACAAGCUUCUAACCUUCAAAUACGGGGAAUACAGAAUAGUUUGCUACCCGGUUAACGUUAAUGCCAGGUACUACGCCAGAAAUUCGUUCAAUUUUAAUUUUGUUUUCGUUUUCCCUUAUGAUUGCGCAACUUCACCAUACGAGCCAGCUAUAGCUAGAUUGGGAAAGAUGUUCAAAGUCUUAGAAGAACAAUCGCAAAUACUUUCCAAAUCUGAGCAGAACCCAGUGUAUUUUCAAUUGAAGUCAAACGAUUCUAAUGCUGCUGAUCAGUCUACAGAGAUGGGAUCUAUAACAAUAUCAGAACAUACCGAUAUUAAAUCGACAGGGGACGAUGGGGAGAAAUAUUUAGAAAUCAUAAAAGAACUAGCUAAAAACCAAAAGAGUUUGAUCAUUGAAGAUCUUUUGAUGAAGUUGUUUCUUGAUUUGAACAAUUAUUCCGAGUGUUUGAUCCCAAUCGAUGAAGGAAAUUCUAUUGACAUUAAACUCUUUCCCGUUAGAACUCCUCCAAGUUCGAACAUCUCGGUAGAAGACGUACCGAUAGCUGUAGUAAACCUCUCUGAUAUAAUAGAUGUGAAUUGGGAUCCAACGAUGGUCAAAAUUGUACCGUAUAUCAAUGGAAUUAAUAGCGUAGCUCAAAUUGCAGUCAGUGCUCGAAGUGAUGUUGAAUUAGUUCAAGAAUGCAUUAAACAUUUGAUGUACUACAACUGUGUUAUUCUCUCCGAUAUUUUUCAAUUUAGCAACAUUUAUGCUCCCACUAGUGAGAUUCAUAACUUCUUAACGAAUCCGGCUGUAGCCAAAGCCUGUCAACUUUUUGUUCAGGGUGAUAGUCUAAAGCAAAGUCUAUUACCAUUCGAAGGUAGGCCUAAUAAUAUAUAUCCAACUGGAAGAAAACAAGCUUCAACAAGUACUGUUCAUUCAAGGAGACGUGAUUCGAAUGAUACUGCUACUACCGGUUCCACUAGCUCUGUUAGGGAUACACACAGAAACUACUUAUCUUCGUCGUCCACUUCGUCGUAUUUCAGGGCCCAUGCUUCAGAGAACACUAGUCUUGCAACUGGAGAGAAUCAAAUGAAAAGAAUACUGCCAACCAGAAGUUGUUUAUUCGAUCUUUAUAAAUCAUUGUCACAGGGUAAAACAGUCAAAGAUUGGUACAAGCAAAACUUCGAAAUAAUUAGGGAUAAUCGAAUUGAUGUCAGAAAAUUGAUAAUGUUUGGAAUAACUAGACGGCUAAUCUAUCGUGUAAACUCAUACCCUAUAGUGAAAAAUGUUGGUACUUGGGAUAUAUUGAAGUCUCUAGUUUCCAAGGAACCGAAGACUCACUAUGGCUCAGGCAGCUCAAAGAAUAUUUUUUCUGCUGCAGAUAUUAAGGUUGUUGAUACUAAAGAGGAAGGGAACCAAUCUGAUAAAUUGGAUGCUGCUGAUGAGCUAUUAAAAAGCCUUUAUCAAAAGCUUUCACUCAAACAGGAUGUUCCGAAUACUAUGAGCAAAUUUGCCCGAUACUACGACGACAGUCCCAGUAACAAUGCCUUUACGGAGUCUACCUCCAGAAAAUCUAGCUCUGGUUCCCACCAGAAAGUAUCUUUUGAUUUUGGAACUGCCGGCCAGCAGAAAACUGUCACUGAGGUUCCAGAUUUGGGAGAUGGUGAAAAGGUAGAGGUAUGGAAAAAAAAAAAAGAGGAAGAACUCAUCUUGUUAGAAUCGUUGAGUAACGCAGAGACCUUUGACAAAGUUUGCACAAAACUCAAAAAAAGUAGACAUGAAGUUGAACUUCUUUUAAAAGACCUCGGUCACUAUAAUAUUGUGAAUAGCUGA